AUGUUGCUGUCGCUGAUGAUGAUGACACCAACAAUACCAGAGCCGCCAUCAUCGCCACUAUUGGCUGAGCCGGCGUCGGCACCCGAAGUGGUUACGCACAGUCACUACGACCCGAACACGCCGUCCACGGACGUAACCUCCGAUGACGCCACUUGGAUACUAACUUCGGCGUUCGUCAUAUUUACAAUGCAAACCGGUUUCGGUUUGCUCGAGUCGGGCGCCUGUGCCAAGAAAAACGAGGUCAACAUACUCAUGAAAAACGUAGCCGACGUAGUACUUGGCGGCCUAUUCUACUGGGCCAUCGGCUACGGACUACAAUUUGGCGACGACCCUAACCAUACCGGUUGGUACGGUUCUGGCUAUUGGUUUCUCGAUUCGCCCGACGAUAAAAUGGGACCCGUAUUCGCCACAUUUAUCUUUCAGUUAAGUUUCUGUACGACUGCCACUACCAUAGUAUCGGGAUCUAUGGCCGAACGUACCAACUAUAACGCCUACAUACUUUUCUCGUUGUUGAACACCAUUGUCUACUGUAUACCGGCCGGUUGGAUAUGGAGGGACACUGGCUGGCUAUACCAGUUGGGCGCACUCGACUUUGCCGGUUGCGCCUGUGUUCACCUAAUUGGCGGCGUAUCGGCACUGGUAGCCGCAUCGAUGCUGAAGCCGCGAGUUAAGCGCUACGAAAACGGUACCGACCCGUUGCCGAUGGGCAAUCCGGUCAACGCCGUGAUCGGUACGUUUGCCCUCUGGUGGGGUUGGCUCGGGUUUAACUGUGGCUCUACGUUUGGUGUGUCGCACAGCAAAUGGCAGUUUGCCGAACGGGCAGCGGUCACCACAUUGAACGGCUCGUUCGCCGGCGGACUCAUUGCACUGGUCUAUUGUUUUGCCAGUCACGGACGGGCCGAAGUCAGUCCCAUUCUCAACGGUAUACUCGCUGGACUGGUAGCAGUAACAUCCGGUGCCGGUUUUUUCUUGCCGUUUGACUCGUUCAUCAUCGGCGCAAUGGGAUGUAUAGCUAACACAUUGAUCGCCCCGCUAUUGGAUAGAUUGCGUAUCGAUGAUCCGGUCGGCGCUGUGGCCGUUCACGCCGGCGGAGGAAUAGUUGGAACCAUAUGUGUCGGACUGUUUACUAUAGACGAACCCGAUUUGAUACCAAACGGCGGCCUAACUCGCGGCCAGUCGGGUCUGUUCAAAGGCGGCGGUUUUCAUCUGCUCGGCGUCCAGUUGUUGGCAAUGAUUUGCGUGAGUAUGUGGAGCGGUAUCACCACUUGGAUGCUGUUGGCGGCCAUCGACAAAGUCAUACCCAUACGGAUGUGCAUCGAAGAGGAAAUACUCGGCGCCGACAUCUGGAUUCAUGACAUCCGUAGCGAUUACUAUGACUUCGAUGCGGUUAUCGGCGAAAUGAGACGCGAAGGUAUGGAUUUGGCGCCACAUAUUCGGUCGGCAAAGUCGAAGACAUCGGUCGAUCAUAACUUGUCUAUUGUCGACAAGUUUUUGGUCGCCCGACUUAAUAGACCCGAUAAUAAUAAUAAUAAUAAUAAUUGGAUGCGACAACACCUGUCGAAACAGCACCGAUUAGUUGGCCACCAAAGAAAAGUUGGCCACACUUUGCCGCCGCCGCAACAACAACAACAGUCGCAGACAUCAUCAUCAUCGGUGAACAAUGAGUUGAUGGCCACUAAUAAUAAUAGCCGUACGAUGACUGCCACUAAUGCAUGGAUUUCGGCGAAACCCGAAUUCAGACCAAUUAAACGAUAUUAA